AUGUCAGGCAACAGCAUCAAGGUCGUGUGUCGUUUCCGACCGCAAAACAAACUGGAAAUUAAAGAAGGGGGUGAGCCCAUCAUUGACAUUGCCGAGGAAGGCACGGCGGUAAAACUCAAUGGUCAAGAAACGAAGGGAGCAAGCUAUGCGUUCGACAAGGUGUUUGGUAUGAACACCAAGCAAGAAGACAUUUUCAACUAUUCGAUCAAGUCGAUUGUCGAUGAUGUCGUUGCUGGUUACAACGGUACUGUGUUUGCUUAUGGCCAAACGGGUUCCGGAAAGACAUUUACCAUGAUGGGCUCGAGUAUCGAUGACGAGGUCAACAAGGGUAUCAUUCCACGUAUCGUGGAGCAGAUUUUUGCAAGCAUCAUGGAGUCGCCUGCGAAUAUGGAAUUCACCGUAAAGGUUUCCUAUAUGGAAAUUUAUAUGGAGAAAGUGCGCGAUCUGUUGAACCCUCAACACGAUAACCUUCCUAUCCACGAAGAUAAAGUCAAGGGCGUUUACGUUAAGGGCGUGCUUGAAGUUUAUGUUUCCUCCACCGAAGAAGUGUAUGAAGUCAUGCGUCGCGGUAGCAACAACCGUGUGGUUGCCUCCACAAACAUGAACGCCGAGAGUUCUCGAAGUCAUUCAAUGGUGUUGAUCACCAUCACACAAAAGAAUCUCGAUACUGGCGCUGCCAAAAGCGGUAAACUCUACUUGGUUGAUUUGGCAGGUUCUGAGAAGGUUGGCAAAACCGGUGCUUCCGGUCAAACUUUGGAAGAAGCCAAAAAGAUCAACAAAUCCCUGACGGCUUUGGGCAUGGUCAUUAAUGCUUUGACGGAUGGCAAGUCGAGCCAUAUUCCAUACCGAGAUUCAAAAUUAACUCGUAUCUUGCAAGAAUCCUUGGGUGGUAACUCACGGACAACCUUGAUUAUCAACUGUUCACCAUCCUCGUACAACGAAGCCGAAACGGUAUCGACACUUCGUUUUGGUGUCCGUGCAAAGACGAUCAAGAACAAGGCCAAGGUCAAUGCCGAUCUUUCGCCUGCAGAAUUAAAAGCUCUUUUGAAGAAAGUCAAGAGCGACACCGUCUCAUACCAACAAUACAUUACAGCUUUGGAGGGCGAAAUUACAAUCUGGCGCUCAGGUCGCAAGGUGCCUGAAAUUCAAUGGGCUACGAUGGAUAAGAAAAAUAAUGCACCAAAACAAUCCCCCGCUGCUCGCGCUAUUGCUGCUACCGAAAGUGCUCCUGAUUCAAGACCGUCAACGCCGACACCCGUUCUGGAUAAGGACGAGCGUGAAGAACUGUUAAAGCGUGAAAACGAACUUGUGGAACAAAUAACAGAAAAGGAAAAUGAACUUUCGAGCCGAGAAAAGCAAGUACAGCAAAUGCAGGAGGAACUUACUGAGCUCAAGGAGCAGGAAAAGACAUACACCGGAGAGAAUCAGCAGAUGAUAGCCGAGCUGAGUGAAGUCAAGGUGCAGCUCGAAAAGGUUACGUAUGAUAGCAAAGAGAGCGCAAUCACAGUAGACUCGCUUAAGGAGGCCAAUCAAGAGCUGACAGCCGAGUUACAAGAGCUGCGCAAGACUUUGACACAAGUUCGUGAAUCAGUUCAAAAAGAACAGGAAGAAAUUGCGCAAAAGACUUCAGAGUUGAUGAAGAAGAAUGCUUCCGGUGAAGUGAACGAGAAGCAAAGACAAAUGGCAGAUACGCUUCAGAACCUGGCAGAUAUUAAUCCAAAUGAUUACACCAUGUCGCCUGAAGAGCUUGCUAUUUUGAAGCAAGAGCUUGGUGAAUCGAAAGCGCUUGUUGAUAAGCACCAAGAAACGAUUCGUAGCUUGAGCCAAGACAAGGAAGGGUUGAGCAACAGGCGCACCGAACUGGAAAGGAGGAUCGCGACAUUGGAAACCGAAUAUGAAGAGUUGCUCGAAAAGACCAUUGCUGAUGAAGAGCGCGAUGCUGAUAUCCAGGAUACCAUCUCGGAGUUGAAGGGCAAGAUCGAGGCACAAUAUGCAACCAAGAAAGAGAUGCAGCAACGUGAGAUCGAAGAACUCAAGCAUGAUUUGGAACUCAAGACGGAGGAAGAAGACAAACUGACAAGUGCAGUGCAAGAGCUCCAAAGCAUCAACGACAAACUUCAAGCCGCUAUCUCUGCUCGACGUCAAAAACCGACAACGACAACGACGACGACGACAACGACAACGACCGAUGGCUCUAGUAGUGAUGGCAUGACCUACGAGGAGAAGGAGAAGGAUCUGGAACGCAUGCGCAAAUCUAUGGCACAUCAGCUCGCUGAUUUUGAAGUCAUGAAGAAGGCAUUGAUGCGUGAUCUGCAAAACCGUUGUGAAAAGGUGGUCGAGUUGGAGAUUUCGCUGGACGAGACGCGAGAGCAAUACACAAAUGUGCUCAGAGCCACCAACAACAAGGCACAGCAAAAGAAAAUGUCGUUCCUGGAAAGAAAUCUUGAACAGCUAACCAAUGUGCAGAAACAGCUGGUCGAACAAAACUCGCAGCUGAAAAAGGAAGCCGCGCUGGCAGAUCGUAAGCUUAUUACACGCAAUGAACGGAUCCAGAACUUGGAAACUCUAUUGCAGGAAGCCAAACAACGAUUGCUUUCUCAGAAUGAAAAAUUCGAGGCACAGCUUCAAACUGUAAGAGAACGCUUGGAGCAUGCUCGUUCGACCAAAUCGCAGGGCGGUAUGGCAGCAUUUGACUUUGGUAGAAUCGCUAAACCUUUAAGAGGUCGUGGUGCGGUGAAGGAUAUCAGCACGGCUGGAGAUAUUGACGAAAAGGCUGCUGCUGCUGCUACCAUGGCAGCCCGUGACAAACGUUCGUCAUGGAUCCCCUCGUUCCGAUAA